AUGUCGUUGAUCGCUAUGAGAGAUAUACAGGCUCACAUUAUGAACGAUGUGUUCGGCCAGAUUGUGAGGUUAAACGAUGCGACUCGGCGCAGGCGCGGCUGGACUCCACGCCUUGAAAGUCUCCUGACUGCAGGCUUCAUGAGCGGGAUGGGCUCUGAUCGCUUCUUCGACGCGAGAGAGGCCGUCCGUGCUUGCGAUCGUGGUGCUAGAGCUGGCAUUACAGGACUCCGUGCAAUCAUUUACCGCCUGGUGAAUGUGGCAGGUGAUCAUUGCGGCGGCGGGAUACUGUCGCUACUUAGAUGGAGUGCUGAGCGUGGAUCUAUGGCAGCCAUGGAAGACCUCAGAGACCUUGACCCAGAGAUGGCAGAGAGUGCGGCAGCAUUUCUCCGUAGGCAUACCUGUGGGAUUGGAGCAGACUUCUUCACCAAGAUCAUCGGACCAUUUAACUAUCCACAACUGUCGGAUCGUUCCAUCAUCGAAGCCCAUCUCCGGAGAACUGGACAGAAGGCAUCUGAAAUUAUUCUCAACGCUCGAGGAGACACUUUGAUCCACGCCGCCGCCUCAGGUGGAAGCACCGACGUUGUAGAGCUUCUGAUAGGCCGCUAUGAUGUUCCCGUGAACCUGCGCAAUCCGCACGGGGAAACACCACUCUUGUGUGCCUUGCGGUCAGGCCAUGUCGAUAUUGUGAACUAUCUGCUCGACUGGGCCGCCGAUGCCAAGUUAACGUCGAAGAGGCAAGAGAAUGUACUCCACUGGUUAAUCUCGAUACCCGACUCGGAACUGCCUGAUCUUCUUGCAAGAUUGAUCACCAAUGGAGCAGAUAUUCAAGAUCCUGGGUGGGCCUUAUCUUGCGACUACGCCGCUACUAUGAUCACAAACCGCUUUGAUCGUUGGGACUGCCCUGGAGCAGGUGCGCCGUUGCAUUGGGCAACCUCCCGCAAAAGAGCUGUGCUGGUCAAGUUAUUGUUGGACCAUGGGGCAAAGCACAAUGAUCGGGGCAGGAUCGGCACGAACUCCACCCCGUUUGAGCAAGCAGCUUAUUUUCACGACCAUGAAAUCUUGAGGAUAUACAUUGAUACAAAAUAUCCAAGACCCCGUGUGCCAUGUUUCGACACUGGCCAUGACUCGGUACUCCACAACCGGAGCGAUGAGAUACCUGGGGGGUCUUUGCUCAUUGGCCUCUCCGCAUUGAUCCGUGAAGCCAUCGACGGAUCUGACCGCUUUCUGAUGGCCGUAAGAUGGGGAAAACAAUACAAAGCACAGCUGCGUGAGACCUUGAAACUUCUAGGAGAAGAGCUUAGCUACCAGCAACUGGUCAAGGGAGUCGACAAGGCCGGGCGGUCCCCACUUCACUAUGCUGCUUAUUGUGGUUUCCACGAGGCAGCGGAGCAUGUCUACGAGUUCAUGGAAGGUGCUAGCAUGAUCGACACUCCAUAUGGACGAGGUGGAGGCAUUACUCCCAUCUUCGAGGCUAUCAGGCGCGACAACAAGACCCUGUUUGACUUUUUCCUGGAUAAAGGUGCCAGAAUUGAUAUAAGAAUCGACAGCCCCGGUAUGCAAAGUCGAUUUGACUGGUGUAUCCUGCACGCAGUCGCCCAGGAUUGUCAUUUCAGCGGUCCUGAGCUUGCCAACAGACUGCUGGAGUUGGGAUUGCCGCCCGACGGUUAUGAGCCCGUCGGUGAUCAGGAGCCCACGGAGACGCCACUCGCCGUGGCCAUCGAUAGCAACAACUUCAAGCUUGCCGAUCUGCUGCGACAGAAAGGCGCAAAUAUCAAUGCCCUUUCGCGAUUCACCCUCUCCAGCCACAUGAAGUUACAACAUCCCAUGACCAUCCUCGGACGAAUCAUAGCAAGCAAUCUUCGCGACUGGCGGUCUCGCCUAAAGUAUCUACUACAUCCGGAGACGGAGAUGGGACAUCCACCACCCCCGGAUUUUCUCGUGGGACCCAGUCAAGGAUGGACCGCACUACAUGUCAGUGCCUUGGGCCUGCAGACUCGGGACCCCGAGUUUCGACGAGAUCUUGAUGCUGAGGUGUCCGCGAAUAUACUGACAUACCUGUUGGAAUUCUACGAUCAACCCCGGCAAGUCAAUGCACUAACCAUCGAUGCUGCCAGGACCACGGCCUUGCAUAUCGCGGUCCAGACCCACAAUCUCGAGGCCGUCGUGUCGUUGCUAGACACCGGCGUCGUCGAUUUACACAUCCGGGCGCACGACGGCCGUUCUGUAAUUGAGACGGCCACGAUGUGUGUCGAAGAGGCUGCAGGACAGGCUCGGCAAGGAGACUUGAGCGAUGCAGAGGAUAUCCUGGCGGCGUUGUUGGAUUAUGAGGAUCAACGGCAUUGA